AUGCUUCCAUUUGUCCUGUUACUUCCGCCCUCAACUGCGAAGGGCGGGUAUUUACCACACUGGCUUCUCUUUAUUUCAGUUGUCUCAGUUUUCAAUUCUUUGCAGAAUUACUUGAUCAAAGAUCUUACUCUUACCCGAAAAGUGUACUCCAAAGCUCCUCGUUCUGAAGUGACCAAUUUGAGCGCCCGUACUUUCGGGACAUGGACUCUCUUGACAUCAAUCGUAAGAUUUUACGGCGCCUACAAUCUUAUUGGGAACUCACAAAUGUACAACCUCUGCAUCUGGACUUUUGUUGUUGCAGGAGGUCACUUCGUCAGUGAAUGGCUCAUUUUCAAGAAUUGCAAACUCGACAAAGGGUUGGCAGGCCCCUUGAUUGUAGCAUCCUCGAGUCUUGUCUGGAUGUUGAAUCAGAGAGAAUUUUAUGUCGGGUCUUAA